AUUGACCCCCAGGACGUCUACCCGUCCACCGCGUGUGUCUUCGUCGCCAAUCUAGCUGAGCCCCGCGACGAUGUCGCUCUUGAGGCCGCUGUUACGCGCGCCUUCAGUCGCUUUGGCACUGUGUUUGUCAAGAUCCGCCGUGAUCACAACAACUUGCCGUUUGCUUUCGUCCAAUACACGACGGAGGAGGAGGCCAAGGAUGCGAUCGAGAGAGGUCGCGGCGUCCCCAUUUUUGGCCGCCCCUGCCGCACUGAGAUGGUCAAGUCCAACCGGUCAAAAGGAUCUUUCAUAAUUUACAAGCGCGACUGCAGCGAGAUCCUGAUUGAUGAGGCUCGCAAGAUCAUGGAGACUUUCGGAACGGUCAGCAGCAUUGAGGUUGUUGAUGACGACACUUGCGAGCGCAUGGAUUUGCCCUCUUCCGUUUUGGUUGAGUACUCCAGCUUCAACUCGAAGAAAACAUUCAGCAUGGUAGGCCUGUUCUUUGACUGUCCAUCCGGGAUUUUACUGUACUUACUGACGACGACUCACAAGGCCGUUGCCCUGUUCCCUGACUACUACAUCGACAUGUUCGAUGUCCGCAAGCGUGCUGCCAAGAGCAACAUUGAUCGUGACACAGAAUUUCUCCGUCAGUACGAUCUCGAUCGCCGCUCCAUCUACGUUGGCGGCCUUCCUCUUGACGCCACCGAGGAGGAGAUGUUUGAGAUCUUUUCCGAUGUUGGCGAGGUCAUCAAGGUGAACAUGGUGCAGCGCCAUAACCAAGAAGGUGAGUCCAUCAUAUCGAGUCGCUCUUGA